AUCUCUCUCUCUCGCAAAACCUCCUCCAACUCCGUCGGUACAUUUUUCAAACAGCCGCAUUCAAUGUGUCUGGAACAACUGUUUCUCAAUCGACCGUGACUUGACUCUUUCCUUUGACAAACAUUUCCACGCUUAAGUUUUAGAUGAGCCGAUAUUCUCAAACGUCAAGUCUUAGACUUGACGAGGAAAGAAGCCCGACUGCGCGAUACAAUAUGCCUGGAAGUGGAAGAAGGGAAGAUCAUGAAACGACGGGAAUCGAGGUCGACAAGAAAGAAGAAGAGCAUGAGGUGGAUGAUUUGAGAGAUCGAAUGAAGUCGUCGCGCGGAAGCCGAUUGAAUCUGAUCAACAGAGAGUUAGGCUUCGAGCCGGAACAGGCUCGUAGGAUAUCCGGUAGCGAAAGUUUCAUCAAUGGCACCAGAGUCCUCUCCAAAUGCACGGUCAUCCAUCCUGAUAACAGGUGGUAUCGGGCAUGGACGAAGAUCAUACUGGGAUGGGCAAUCUACUCGUCUUUCUUCACGCCCUUCGAGUUCGCUUUCUUCAGAGGAUUACCCAGGAAGUUUUUCCUGUUGGACAUCGUCAGUCAAGCGGCUUUCCUCGUUGACAUCGUCCUCCGAUUCUUCGUCGCCUACAGAGAUAGCCAGACUCACAAAAUGGUCUACAAUCACACCCCCAUUGCCCUUCGAUACCUGAAAUCUAGUUUUGUCACUGAUCUUCUCGCUUGUAUGCCUUGGGAUUCUAUUUAUAGGGCUAGUGGAGAUAAAGAAGAAGUGAGGUACCUUUUGUGGAUCAGGUUGAGUCGGGUUCUCAAAGUCAGUGACUAUUUCUAUAAGAUGGAGAGGGAUAUAAGGAUCAAUUAUAUGUUCACCAGGAUUAUAAAGCUCAUUGCUGUUGAGCUCUAUUGCACACAUACAGCAGCCUGCAUCUUUUAUUAUUUGGCUACCACUCUGCCUGUGGAACAAGAAGGGUACACAUGGAUAGGGAGUUUAAAAAUGGGUGACUACAGUUUUUCUAGCUUCAGAGAGAUUGAUUUGUGGACACGGUACACGCUAUCCCUCUACUUCUCCAUUGUCACCAUGACAACUGUUGGUUAUGGAGAUAUACAUGCAGUCAAUUUGAGGGAAAUGAUAUUUGUGAUGAUUUAUAUCUCUUUUGACAUGAUUAUCGGUGCUUAUUUGAUUGGUAACAUGACUGCAUUAAUUGUAAAAGGAUCAAAGACAGAGAGAUUUAGAGAUAAAACGAAAGAUCUUAUGAAAUAUGUGAACAGAAAUAAACUUGGGAGGGACAUCCGUGAUCAGAUCAAAGGUCACUUGCGUUUACAAUAUGAAAGCAGCUAUACUGAAGCUUCUGUUCUUCAGGAUAUCCCCAUCUCCAUUCGUGCUAAGAUUUCCCAAACAUUAUACAAGUCAUAUAUUGAAGAUGUACCUCUUUUCAAAGGAUGCUCUUUGGACUUUAUCAAUCAGAUUGUAAUCAGAGUGCAUGAAGAGUUUUUUCUCCCAGGAGAAGUAAUAAUGGAACAAGGAAAUGUGGUAGAUCAACUUUAUUUCGUAUGCCAUGGUAUGCUGGAGGAGGUUGCUAUAGGGGCAGCUGGUUUAGAAGAGACUGUCUCAGAAUUGGAACCUAAUAGCUCAUUCGGUGAAAUUUCUAUACUAUGCAACAUACCUCAGCCUUAUACUGUUCGAGUGUGCAAGCUAAGUAGGCUUCUGCGUGUUGAUAAACAAUCUUUCUCAAGUAUCCUUGAUAUAUAUUUUCAUGAUGGUCGAAGAAUCCUGAACAACCUUCUUGAGGGAAAAGACGCAAAUGUUGGUGUCAAGCAAUCAGAAUCUGAUAUCACCUUUCAUAUUGGAAAGCAAGAAGCUGAACUUGCUUUAAAAGUAAACAGUGCUGCUUAUCACAGAGAUCUGCAUCAACUCAAAGAUUUGAUUCGAGCUGGAUCUGAUCCCAACAAGACUGAUUAUGAUGGAAGAUCACCAUUGCAUCUUGCUGCAUCCCAAGGAUAUGAGGAUAUAACACUCUUCCUUAUUCAAGAAGGUGUGGACAUCAACAUCACAGAUAAGUUUGGAAACACCCCCAUACUAGAAGCCCUCAAGAAUGGACAUGAUAGAGUUGCUUCACAACUUGUUAAACACGGGGCUGCAUUAAAUAUUGAUAAUGUGGGUUGCUUCUUGUGUACUAUGGUUGCAAGGGGUGAUUCAGAUUUUCUCAAAAGGCUAUUGGCCAAUGGCAUCGAUCCAAACUCCAAGGAUUAUGACCACCGGACCCCACUUCAUGCAGCCAUAUCUGGGGGAUUUUAUCUAAUGGCGAAGAUGCUUUUGGGGGCUGGGGCUAGUGUAUUUUCAGAAGACAGGUGGGGUAAUACUCCACUUAGUGAAGCACGAAUGUCUGGAAACAACAAAUUGAUCAAGCUACUGGAAGAAGCAAAAUCCAAUCAGGUGUCUGAGUUCCCUAAUUCCUCUCAAGAAACCAUAGAUAAAGUGCGCUGGAGGAAAUGCACGGUAUUCCAAUCCCAUCCGUGGGAUCCCAAGGACCGGACGAAGCAUGGAAUUGUGUUGUGGGUCCCGGAAACCAUAGAGGAGCUCAUCAAAACAGCAGCCCAGCAGUUAGAAUUCCCAUCCGGAUCUUGUAUACUAUCCGAAGAUGCAGGUAAAAUUCUUGAUGUGGAUUUGAUCAGUGAUGGUCAGAAGCUGUACUUGAUCAGUCAAACACACCAGACAUGAUUCCCUCUUGUGAAUUUUUUGCCCCCCUCACUUGGCCUUUGUAUCAGAUUUGUACUCGGUUUGUAAGAUAUAGAAAGCCGUUCGGCUCUUCAACAAUUCUCUUGAUGCUACAGAGUCGUUCAACGUUUUGACAAUUCUACUGAUGACUACAAAAACCGUGUACUUUUGGCUGUUUUUUCGAUUGUGGCGAAUUGGAUUCUGCAUUUAGGUCUUGUACCAAAUACGAAACGUUGAGUUUGUAAACAGUGUUCACAAAUGAAGAACGCAAGCAGCUGGAAAUUGAUUGAA